AUGGUAGUUGAAGAGUGCACCCUAAACGUUGUUAGCUUUUAUGCGCUGCAUGCGGGCAUGGAUGAGGAGGUUAAAAGGUGCUUUUGGGAGGGGUUGGUUGAGAUUGUGCGUAAUGUUCUGCCUGCUGAGAGGUUAUUUAUCGGAGGGGAUUUCAAUGGACAUAUUGGGUCAGCUGCAGGUGUCUAUGGCAAGGUGCACGACGACUUCGGCUUUGGGGAUAUGAUCGGAGGAGGUACUUCACUGUUGAAUUUCACUAAGGAUUUUGAGUUGGUGAUUGCGAAAUCUAGUUUUAUGAAGAGGGAAGAGCACUUGGUUACUUUCCAAAGUACGGUGGUGAAGACUCAGAUUGACUAUCUUCUCCUUAGGAGAUGUGGCAGGGUUGUGCAAGGAUUUCAAGGUUAUCCCGGGUGA